AUGAGAGCAGAACCACAUCGAACAGGAUGAUUUAAAACAAGAUGUCGAAGCUGCUGGCUUUGAGUUUCGUCCUCCUGGUGACCGGAGGGGGAAGCUCGAUGGUGGAUGAAACUUUCACUCUUGAUGGAGACGUGCGUCACCUGGUUGUAGGCAACAGCUCCCUGUACAUCGCAACGGAUGAGAGUCUUUACCAGCUCAACCACGACCUGGCUUUAGCACAGAGGCGAACUCUGACGGGAGUCAAUGGGACGUUGACAGUUCAAGUGUUGCUGCCGUUUGUCAGGAAUCGAACUCUGGUCAGCUGCGGGGUGACGGAGCGCGUGUGCGGCUACUGCGAGGUGCUGGACCUGAACAACAUCAACUCUCUCAUCCACAAGGAGAAUGUGUUGGUGGGUCCGAUGCGCGGCGGUUCGUCUGUGAACUUGUUGGUGGACGUGAAGGCGCCUUCCAGCGCACGUGUGACUUAUAUUCUAACGGCCUUGAAGCAUGUCAAAGACCAGCCAGAGGUCCGCGGCUGCCUACCUGACGCCAAUGUGGUGUUUCUCUACGACACGAUCCAGGAGAGACGCAGGGAGAUAUUCUCAAAGGCAGAUUUCGGAACCAACACGGUUUUCAGUAGCAAACACGAUGUCGAGUUUGUGGACGGAUUCCAGAUGAACUCCACCGUUUAUCUGUUGUCGAACGUGUUUCCUAAAAUGAAGGGUAAAAGGGGUGGGAAGGAAGAAGAGAGGGGGGUCAAGGUUCGACUGGUCUGGAUGCAGGCACAAGAACACAAGAGGGACACGAUGAGGUCAGCGCGGGGAGCGACUUUUGAGUAUCCGUGGAAUGAAACCCGACUCAUAGCGUCAUCGGUGGUACCGAGCUCUGAUCCGGUGCUCUGGGCCGGUGUGUUCAGUCGGGAUGGAGGCCCCACCAGCACCGAGUUGGUCUUAUUCGACAUCACUCCCGAUUUCAGUGGGGAUGAUAAUUGUGACCCAGACUUCAAGACGACUGGCUCUUGCAACAGCGAACUGCCAAAGGAUCCGCUAAGUGCAAAGAAAGUUCUCUACCGAAAGAAUCACAUGACUGCCGUGUUGGCUACGAGAGUCAGGACGUGGAUGGUUUUCUUCAUCGGGACAGGAGAUGGUCAGCUGACUAAACUCUCUGUGGACAGCAACUUUCAAACAACAUGUCCCACAGUUCUCUACCACACCAGCAAUGAUCGCAAAGUAUUUCCCAAAAUGCACAUUGAUGACACGGACGGCAAGCACUUGUACGCAGCCUUCAAAAACCAGGUCAAGCGUGUUCUAAUGUCAAAGUGCAGUGCAAUGACACGUCUGGAGGACUGCUGGUCUGCACAGGACCCGACAUGUGUCUGGUGUGGUCCUGAACAAAGGUGCAUGUUUGAGGGUGAAUGCCAGAGUGAAGACUGGAUCUCUUAUGCUGAAAGCUACCAAAAGAAGGUGGUCUCCUACAGGCUUGUUGAGCAAAGCAUGGGCCAGAUCGCACUGAAGGUCCAGGCUCACAUCACUGCAGGUCGAGAGGUUCGCGGUGGAUUUGCUUGUCAGUUUUCUGGGAGGUCUGGCGUAUUGUGUAGGGAUGGUCUUCCUCAGAGUUUCCCAGGAUGCACCUGCGUCUUAUCAAGCAGCAAGCUUCCCAUCAAAAGUACGGACGUCCUUCUUAAGAUGAAACUUGGGCGGUCAACACAUCAGGAAAGGGUGACCCUCCAAAACUGCACUGAAAUCAAAGGACCACGCACCUCUGCUCUAUGUUUACAGUGCGUUUCGGUUGGAUGCAGCUGGACCGGUAACGGGUGUUCCUGGCACAGUGAUAUUGGAAAUGUGCAGGUCAGCGAUUGUCUGUCUGUGGAGUCGGGGACCAGCAGUUCUAUGCCGAACAUCACAUCAGUCACCCCAAAGACUGUGUCCUUCUACGGCAAAAACCAUGCACUCCUGUCAGGACAAAACCUCAGUCAAGUCACUAAAGGGAGGAUUCAGUUUGAGCUGGACUGCACCCCUCGAGAGUUCGCUGUGUUGAACAGAACUGAGACAAAUCUGGUGUUUCACAUCCCCCCUGCUGACCAAAAAGGAGUGGUCAACAUAUGUGUCGUGCUACCAGACGACAGUUGCCAUGGCAGUGCAGAAGUCACUUACGUGUCUGCACCGACCUGCAGCAGCGUCAUGCCAAACAGCUCCUGGAUCAGUGGAAAGAGGAACAUCACGCUCUCAGGGUCUUAUUUAGACAUGGUGGAUGGGAUCGUUCACAGUGUAACACCACAGGAAAUCAAAUUUCCUUUGGCGAGUACGCAUCAAAAUCUGUCUUAUGAGACGCCAGCAGUUAAAGAAGCAGCAACAGUCAGUGUGUCACUCAGAGUUGCUAACCAAACAUUAGCUUGCCCUCGAAACAUCAUCUACUACCCCGACCCGGUGUUCACGAGCUUCACCUCCACUGAAAAGGGUGACGACCUCAGCAUCACCAUACAGAAAAAAGCAGACCAUCUGGAAAUGACGACAGCAGAGCUGUCAGUUUGGGGGGUGCUGAAUGGUGAAGAGUAUCCCUGUGUUAUGAUCUCUGGAGGAACAAGUGAUAACACAGACUUUUUUACCUGUGAAAUCAGAAACACAGUGAAAGUGUUUAAGGAGAUAAAGAUUAUGUACGGGGAGACAACAGUCACACUGGAGUCACCAUCCUCCAUGUUUCUCGUGAUUCUGCUGGUUCUGCUGCUGCCGAUUGUCAUCAUUUUCAUUGUGGUGGUGAUAGUUUACAAGAGGCAGCAAAAGAAGCUGACAGUCCAGAUGAACCAGCGGAUGGAAGUUCUGGAAAUGGACAUCAGGAAUGAUAUCAGACAAGGUUUUGUGGACUUGCAAACGGAGAGAGCAGACCUGAUUCAAAACGUGGGAGCAAUUCCCUUCUUUGACUACAAGCAUUUUGCCUCAAGAAUCUUUUUCCCUGAGAACGAAGCUUUGAUGGCAUCCUGUAUCGCAGAUAUCGGUCAGAACGGCAGCAGUCAAAACUUGGACGAGAGCUGCCAAGGCCUGUUGCAGCUGAUUCAGGACCCGCUCUUCCUGACAUCCAUGGUUCACGCUCUGGAGGAGCAGAAAAGUUUCACCAUUAGAGAUAAGUGCACUGUGGCAUCGCUUCUGACCGUCGCACUCCACAGCAAGCUGACCUACCUGACAAAGGUGAUGGAGGUUCUGUUGAAGGACCUGAUGCAGCAGAACAGCAACACUCAGCCCAAACUGCUGCUACGACGCACAGAGUCCAUUGUGGAGAAGCUGCUGUCCAACUGGAUGUCCAUCUGCCUGUAUGGCUUUCUGCGGGAGAAUGUGGGUCAGCAUUUGUUCCUGAUGGUCAGUGCUCUGACACAGCAGAUCAGUAAAGGCCCGGUGGACUGUGUGACUGAGAAAGCUCUUUACACACUCAGUGAGGACUGGCUGCUGUGGCAGGCUCAGGACUUCAGCGCUCUGAAACUGAAGGUUCUGUUUCCGGUGGGCAGUGAUGGCGAGGUCAGCGAGCCCCUGGAGGUCAACGCUCUGGACUGUGACGCAGUGGAUCAGGUGAAAGAGAAAAUACUGUCCUCCUUCAAGACAAAGUUUGGUUUCUCCUACAGCACCCUGCUCAGGGACCUCUCCAUUGAGUUUGACCGAGAUGGUUCAUUCGUGGCUCUAGAAGAGGUUGACGCAAGUUCAGAGGUCAUUGGAGAAGUGACCAUGCUCAACACACUCAGGCACUACAAGGUGCCUGAUGGAGCAACUAUCAAGGUGCUCCCAAGAAGUAAAUCCACUCUCCGCCCCCAGGGCAGUGUCAAAGAUGAUCAAAACUUCUCUGGAAAAUACUUCCACUUGAUUGAUCCCGAUGUGGACGAGAGCCAGACCAACAAUCCAGAGAGAAAGAAGUUAAAAGUCAAAGAAGUUCACCUCACCAAGCUGCUCUCCACAAAGGUGGCCGUGCAUUCAUUUGUGGAGAACCUAUUUAGGUCCAUUUGGGGUCAUACUCACGGGCGAGCCCAUCAGGCUGUCAAAUACUUCUUUGACUUCCUGGACACUCAGGCGGACAACAUGAAGAUCACAGAUCCAGACGUGCUUCACAUCUGGAAGACCAACAGUCUGCCACUGCGCUUCUGGAUCAACAUCAUGAAAAAUCCCCAGUUUGUCUUUGACAUGGAGAAAACAUCACAUCUAGAUGGCUGCUUGUCUGUCAUCGCUCAGGCCUUCAUGGACUCCUUCUCGCUCAGUGAGAUGCAGCUGGGGAAGCAUGCACCAACCAACAAGCUCCUGUACGCCAGAGAUAUCCCCGUGUUUAAGCAGGAAGUGAAGACGUUCUACAAGCAGAUUCGAGACCUUCCUCCAAUGGCGGAUGCAGAAUUUAACAACUUCCUGAGAGAAGAGUCUGAGAAGCACGAGGAAGAGUUUAACAAAGCAGCUGUCCUCACAGAGCUCCUCAAGUUCAUCAUGCGAUACUUCUCUGAGAUCAAAGAGAAGCUUGACCAGAAUGGAGCUCCGGCAGAGAUGAAGGAGCACCUUGCUGACAUCAAGAACACCUUCGGAGGAGUCAAAAGCCGAGCGUGGUCGUGAAUCUGCGCUGAUGUCUGGGCUGCUGCCAUUGAAAGACUACUGGAAUAAAGAUGAGGAUGUCACACUCUCAGUGCCUUGACAACACUUCUCGAUACAGCAUCAGUCGUCUUUUAACUCUCAAUUCACUUUUUACAUGUGCCAUCUGACUAUAAGGACAAUCAUAGCUUCAUUACUUGCAAACCUCAAUAAAAAAGCUUAUAUGAAUAUUUCUAUGCACAAAUGUCCACUUUUUGUCAAACAUGAUGUUUCGAAUUGUUUUAGUGUUUUGGACUGUAUGUAUAAGACAAAAACACAUUUUGGCUAUUAUGGCGCGAUGAAAAUAUGUCUGGACUGUUUUCAGGGGCUGCCACAGCAAUCCAGUCUCCUCCAUCUUAACUUGAUAUUAGAUCUUGCUAGAUUAGCAUCGAUCUUUAUGUGUCCUCCUUCGCCAUACUUUUUUUUAAUAUCGCCAUCUCCGCCUCUUGUGUCCAAACAGUCUGGGCCUCCCAAUGUAGUCAUCCAGCCUUAUGAGCUGUGCCUCUGAUCUUGUCCGUUCUAGACUCUCCCAAUGAAAACCUCAGUGUAUUGAACAAUGACACUCUGCUCUGUUGAGGUUCUACUUAGUAGAACUACAACUAAGGAACAGUAGUCAAGGUGUAACAGUCAUGUUCUGGUUAGAACAUAAUAUUGUUCCGUCUGUACACAUAAGGCAUUUUAGAUAGAUAAAUAGCCUUUAUUAGUCCCUUUUUACAUUAUUUUUUAUCCCAAGCAAAUGGUAUUCCUUGAUGUAUGAGAUGUAUAAGAGCGAGCACUUUUGUUUUCCAUUGAUGUCUUUUCUUGAGCAUCUUAUUCGAAUACUCUUUUACGUUAUUACUUUAUUUUGUCUUAAUAUUUUUUCAUUUACAGUAUAUUAAUUGUGCAAUGUUCUUAUUUUUACAGCAUUCAUUGUUGUUUGAUAUGGAUGGCUGUUUUAUGUAUACUUAUACUUUAUGUUCGUGGCUGGCAUUUAUGCUUCAAUGUUUGCUGCUUUGACAAGUUGAACUUCGCCAUGGCAGGAGACGAAUUAAGGUUUUCUCAUCAAAAAUCUAUUUAUAAAUAAAUCAAUUGACUCCCACCUACAUCUUCAUCGCAAACCAAUAAAACCCCAAAGUCAAUGCUGAUAUUUAUUGAUUGAUUUUACAUUCAUUAAACAUCCCUUACAAUUCCUCUCUGAUCUAAAAUAUGAUAAUCAGGUUAAAAAUAUGUCAGCAAUCAUGUACAACAUGAACCAUUAGAGGUACUCUGAGUAAAAGUUAGAAGGUGAAAUGUGCUCAGCGGUCAUCUCCUCUCAGAAGAUUCCAUCACAGUGAAGUCCUCUCUCCCUGCACCAGGCGGCCCCUGAAGGCCCAAGAGUCCUGAAAAUGAUAUAUUUUCAGUGACAAUUUAUUAAGUUCCGUUGAGCUCUUCAAAGGAUCACAGCUUUGCUGAAUACUUGAAGGAUGUCGCAAGAUGUACAUUUUAUAAACAAAGUAAGCAUAUGAAAAUAUGGCAUUUGAAAAAUAUAAAUAAACAACACACAAUUUCAGUCAUGUAGAAACAAUGACUCGUCCCACCUGGAAGGUGAUCCCUUCGGAUGAAGAAUAUCUCUUCUGAAUCAACUGAAUCACUUCGUUCUUUAUGUUCUCCUGCGUGGUUCCCAUGACAUCGAUGUAGUAGCAGUCAGCGCUGGCAUAGUGGCAUGAGAUGGCCUGAACACACACAUAAUCAUCAUAAGAAAACUCACCCACAAGACUAAAACUGUGCAACAGUUCUUCUUGGUUUAUCAGCUAAGCUUUCAACACAUGAGUUACAUUUUCAUUUUUCAUAGUUGGACUUGUCUGCAUGUUGGUAUACACGUGUGCAAUUCUCAUGUCCUGCCUUUCUAUGUGGCGAGUUCAUGACUGAAAACUGAUAUUUAACAAGUAAUCUUGCUGUGCUCAGUAUAAUAGCCAGUGAAUUAACAAGUCAUCAUGGUGAAUUUCUCUCAAAUUCAGGCAGUACCUUCCGGAAUCCCUGAGUCCUGUUCACGCCCGAUCCGUGAAUCAGCAACGGGUGGAAGAAGACAGUGUCGCCCUUCUCCAUCUCCAGGUGAACCCUUGGCAGCUCUGGGUCGUAAUCACGCACACCAUGGUACAUCGUGUUCACUCCGUUCUGCGAGACAAAAGCAGAGGUGUGUGUGUGUGAUUCCUCCACAGAAACCUGUGUUUAUCUAUUCCAUACCUCCCACUC